AUGUUAGCCGACGGAAAGAUCGACUCGCUAGAUACGCAUCUAGAGCAGUUCAAACUCAAUGAUCAAGCCAGGCAAAAUGAUCUAACAAACCUCCUUAGAGAGUAUGGGCAACUACUCGACGAAUACAAAGACCUAAAAAGAGCCUAUGAACAGAAAGGCAAGAGCACUAUCGCUGCGCCUCCAGGCAUACCUAUACCAACCAUAGCUGCGGCGACAACGGCUCGCAACCCAUACGUCUUGGUGUUAAUAGACGGCAACAACUACAUCUUCAACGAUGAAUUCAUUCGCGACAAGGAAGAAGGUGGAAUGCGCGCUGCUCGUAUGCUCAACGACGCCAUUGAGAAAUACCUCCUGCAAAGCUUCCCACAAGCCCGAUCCGCCCGCAUUCAUGUCAAAAUCUACGCAGACUUGACCAAUCUAUCUAAGCAACUAGCUAGGUCCAAGCUCGUCGGUUUGGAAAAGCGUUCGCUUUCUCCCUUCUCGGCUGCGUUUACCCGAGCCAUCAGCCUCUUCGACUUCGUUGAUGCUUUAGACGAAGAAGGCACCAAAUUUAAGAUCCGAGAACAAUUCAAGAUCGCCUCCGAGGAUAGUGCGUGCAGCCAUGUUCUGUACGCCGCUUGCCACGAUCCGGCUUAUUUAUCCCAACUCGUACCCUUCAGCGGUGUACGCGACAAGAUUACCCUUGUCCAAGGCGCUGGAUGGAACUCGGAGUUCCACCAGUUUAACUUGAACGUCACACAGUUCCCCACUGUCUUUAGAUGGUCGGAACUUCCCGUUACUGUGCCUACAACCAAAGGUGGUCCAUCAAUAGCACCCAAACAAAAGGCACUAGCCGCAGUACAGAAACCGAUACUCACACCCGGCACGUCGACUCCACGCAAAGAAUCAUGGAGACGAGACGACUCCUUUAGCAUGAGCGACUCCGCAUUCGGCGAUCUAUCUCCGAUGGAAUCCAACAGUUUCUUCGACCAAGAACGCGUAGGCUGGGAAGACCGUUCCGCAUACACCCAAACAGCCAAGUACUCCUCAAAACCAGAAAAAGACUCACAGCUAUGCAAAUACUUCCAAAAAGGAAAUUGCCGCUUCGGCACCAAAUGCAACUUCCUCCACAUCCUCAAGACCCACUCCGAUACAAACGGAUCCGGCUCUUCCCAACCACCAAGAGGGCCCACAGGAGCGCCAUACCCCUCUCUACCACUCUCAUCCCAAUCAUCCCAACAACACCCCUCCCCCAAGACCUCCCUCUCCGCCCUCCUCCCCGCCGCCCCAAUCCCGGGCUUCAUCCCCCUAAACACCUCCCACCAACGCCUCGACCCCCACCUCCCCAUGCCCGCACCCUCCGCCUGGAAAACCUACAACGCGCGCUUCGCCAAAGCGAAACCCUGCAACACAUUCCACCUGCAGCAGCGCUGCACAACCCCAAACUGUCCUUUCGACCACAGCGAACUAGAACCCGAGGCGAGGCAAGUGCUGGAGAUUUGA